GAUUUUAGGAGCACAUCCUAUUGGCUGCUGGAGGAUGAGAAUGUGGUGAAAUUUGCAGUAAAAAAGCCUACUUUCAACAGUUGAUUCAGUGUAGCUGAAUGAAAACUUUGACCGAGAGCUAUGGCAACCCAAACUAAGCCUGUUCUUCAUGGAUACUUCAGAAGCUCCUGCUCCUGGAGGGUCCGCAUUGCUUUUGCUCUUAAAGGGAUUGAAUAUGACCAGGUUCCAGUCAAUCUAAUCAAAGAUGGGGGUCAGCAGCUUACAGAGUCGUACAAGGCUUUAAACCCUAUGCAACAAGUGCCUGCAGUUGAAAUUGACGGUGUCACAAUUUCUCAGUCACUGGCAGUGAUCCAGUACAUCGAUGAGACCAGGCCAGGACCUCGGCUUCUUCCAGCAGACCCAAAGAAACGAGCCCAGGUCCGAAUGAUAAGUGACAUGAUUGCCUCUGGGAUACAGCCUCUGCAAAAUUUACAUGUGAUCCAGAAGAUAGGAGCAGAGAAGGUGGAGUGGUCGCAAUACUUCAUUAAUCGUGGUUUUCAAGCUCUUGAGCCCAUUCUGAAGCAAACAGCUGGGAAAUACUGUGUAGGCGAUGAGAUAUCCAUGGCAGACCUCUGUCUGGUCCCACAGGUCUUCAAUGCAGAGAGGUUCAAAGUGGAUGUCGGACAGUAUCCAACUAUUCAAAGGUUAAAUCAAACCUUAGUUGAGAUUGAAGCUUUCAAAGAGAGCCACCCAUCUUGCCAGCCAGACACACCUGCUGAUCUGCGUGCAUAGGAUAACAACUCAUCAGCUUCACAGACAUCACACUACUUCUUAAAUAAAACGCUGUGAAAGUCA